AUGCCCUCUACUUCUACUACUGUUCUUCUCUUUAAUUUCCACAACUACUACAACUACUUUCCCCUAAAAUCCCACAGCCCACAAUUUAAUCUUCGCAAGAAAUGCUUGAUUUUGGUCUGGGCAUUAGAUGACAACAAAAGUAAUAAUGGGGAAGACAGUAGCAAUCCAUUGGGCAAGGAAGGGCUCAAAGAUAAUACUAAUAGCAACGGAAUCGAUGGUGAUAAUGGCAGUGAGAAUGGGAAGAACUUAAAUGGGAAUGAACAGCUGCUCGGAUUGAAUCUAAAAUGGGUUGAUUUGCCAUUGGACCCAGACCCAGAUAACGUGGUGGCAAUUGGGUUGAUUGGGGUGUUGGCCUGGGCAAGCGUGCAGGGAAGAGGGAGGGGGAAGGGCAAAGGGGAGGAGAAGGGGAAAGGGAGAAGAGGGGUGGCGGGAGGUGGCAUUGGAGGAGGUGCUGGUGGAGGAGCCGACGGUGGUGCUGGAGUUGGAGGAGGUGCAGGUAGUGGUGGUGGUGCUGGUGGUGGCGUUGGAGAAGGUGCUGGUAGAGGAGCAGGUGGAGGAAAAGGUGGUGGUGCAGGAGGUGGGGCUGGUGGUGGAGUUGGGAGUGGAGCAGGCGGGAGAGUAGGAGGAAGGACUGGUGGAGGCAUUGGCGGUGGUGCCAGAGGUGGAACAGGUGGAGGCGUGGGAGGAGAGGCUGGAGGAGGCCUUGGCGGAGGUUUGGAGGUGGGGCCGGUGGUGGAGUAG